CUUGCAUCGCUAGGCGAGGACCCCGAGUAUGCGUUCAUGGAGAGUGAAUCGUUCUUCGCGGAGUUUGACCAGUCGGUCCUUGGAGCCCGAGUCGUCGGCGACGUGUGAGUAGAGCGCCCAUGUCGGACUAACCACAGACCUAUGCUCGGGGAAGGGCGUGUGGCAAGAUCUGAACCACCUAACAAUGCUCCAGUCUACCAGCACCGUCACCGGCCUGACAUGCCUCCACCUCCACCAGCUGCUGCGGUUCAGAACGCGGAUACAAACUCGUCGGCUGGAUCGAGCACAUCGAACGGUGCACGCAGUGACGCCGCAGGGGACGUGAGGAGGAAGGUGGUGGGAGGCUUCGCCAUGCCUAACGGAGCGAGCAAUGGGGGUAGUGCGGCAGUGAAUGCGCGGCAGCAGGCUAUUUCACGCACACCGCCGGAGUCAGCAGCCGACGCAGCUGCCCGGCGCCGCGCAGCCAUUCAGGCAAGUUUCAUGGACGAGCCACAACAGCCCUCCAUCCCCUCGGGUGGGAUAGACACCGUGGCGGCCCGCGCAAACGAGAAUCUACGCACACACGGUGCUGAUCUCGGCAUCGCAAACGCAAACGGCGGCUUAGGUGGCUUUGCCAGUGCGCGCGGCGUCAAACGCGAGAGGUGAGAUAGUGGGAGUUGCGCGAAGCUGACGCACAGCAACAGCCAGUCGCCUGAUAAGUUGGAGCGUUCGCUGUCAGGUGGCCGACGAGCGUUGAACGAGAUCCCGGUUGAUCCGAAUGAGUGGGCCACGAAGCGAUCGCGGGUGGGGUGAGAUGGAAUUGGGGGAAGGAUGAAGGAAGAGGAGGGGGAGCUGGGCAAUAAUGGCAUUCUAGUCCUGUUAUGUUGUAGCAUACGCAGUGUCGUGUUUGGGCUAAAGGUUGCGCAGUUUACAUGGCGACGAGACAAAUGAGGCACAUUUAGAUGCGGCAGACUUAUCUUUGGUCCUACUCAGCCAAC